UAUCUCUACAGCAACGUGGCGGCCAUUUUGUCACAGUGACGGGACACGCCGUACUCUCAAAACGUGUAUAUUAUUAUCCGGUUCUUAUUAUCUCUAGUCUGGAAUAAUGAUAAAUAUUCGAGUUGAAUGUGUUGUGUUGGCGGAAUCAAAAAAAAGCCUGGCUCUAAUAACUAGCCAAUCACCAGCCACAUCCAUUUCAAAUAAAAUAGAAAAGAAAACACAUCCGUGCCGCAUGCUGUAAAUGUCCGUGUCCGCUCGAUCGAUUAUUAAUAAUGUUCCUGUCUAAUAGAGCGGGGCGGUACGAGCAGAUAAUUAUCGAUAUCGUGAGACGUUACGUCGUAGUAAGCUUUUCUCAAAAUCCGGAUGUGAUCUCUUUUUAUUCCUCAUUGAAUGGUUUUCUUUUUUCAAUUCUAAGCUGAUGAAGCGUUUGAUUUUUUUUUUGUACUUGAUUAAUAAAGCUUCUGUGGAAAACGCUGCACGCUGUGAUCUGGUGCGUUUAGAAUCGCAGUGCUGUGUGAUAUUACUGUCGUAUCGCUCAGCCACACGGUCUGACUUGAACCCGGGCGUUUGUAGUGCUCUGUUUUGCACCCUGUUAAAUAUCUUGUAGUUUUUCUUUAAAAAGAAAGAGGUUCUGUCGAGUGGUUUGGACCGGGGUUGUAGCCUCUUGCGUCAGUCUGCUGAGCCCAGGGCGAUAAGAAGCCAGACAUACACCCUUCUCUGUGUGGAGGAGUUGUGUGGGGCACGUGUAAAUCAUAUUCACGCUCAUGUUGUUUUCUCCAUGGGAAAUGUGUGUUUAUUCUGAAGGCCAGCCCACAUCUGAGUGUUCAGUUGAGUUUUUUGUAGCGGAGCGUAUGUCAUUGUAUGGAGAGAGGGUGAGCGAGUGUUUCUCACAGUGUCUCGUUGUUUACUUUCGCUUUUUGCUCUGCUCGGCUCACAUCUGCCUCUGGUCUUGUGCCCUGCUCACGUGCGCUGGCAAGAGCGUUGCUGUCUGUGCAGUAGGUGGUGACACGCAUGGAAACUUUCAUCUGCGCACGUCGAGAACACGCCCCCUGCUGGCUGUAGCUCUGGCGAGGAGGAGGAAGAGGAGGAGGAGGGGCAGUCGUGGAAAGGUUCUCUCCGUGUGUGUCCCAGUGCCUCCGCUCCUCCCCGGGCACUAGGCUGAGACAGGAGUGAGGCACAAUGCAGCUGCCAGGCUCUCGGGGCACAGCACAGGGGUCACCGACUCCCGGCUAUUCAACUCCAACACUGCGGCUCACACACAGGAGAGAGGGAGAGAGAGGGAGAGAGAAACACUUCCAGUUUGUACUGGGGGAACAGUUGUACAGUGAGUAGAGAGGAUAGCCGCCCCCACCACGACGCCUUCAAAACCAUGCACAGCAAGAAUCAGAGGAGACACGGUUCUGCAAGUGGUUCACGAGCCCCUCUGGUUCCCCUGAAGGCUAAGAUGUCUCUCAGUCAGAGUGAAGUAGAGCCUUUGCCAUUUCGUGUGCCUCGCGACUACCCGCACUCUCGCUUCAACAAAGCCCCACUCGCCGUCUACCCGCCCAAAGGAGCUCGAACAAAAGCCUGCGUGUCCUUACCCGUGGUGAGCCUGGAGAAGAUGCCCUGUUUCAGCCGCUCAGAGGGAGCACAAAUCAAAGUCAGCUCUACACCAUCCGCAGCUGGGUCAUCACUAUCUGUCCCCUCUUCAUCCUCCGCGUCUUCCUCACCAUCCUCCUCCUCCCUAAAGUCCACCCUUACAUCACCAGCAUCAUGCAGGAACCAGGAAAAGCUUGUGAAUGGCCGGGGUAUCAUCACCCCGCGCUCCACCACACCCCCGUUGCUGACGGACAGGCGGCCAAGCCCGUCGCAGUCGUCUCCCUUGGACAAGCGGCUCACCGCGUCUCCGUCCUCACAGGACAGAAGACCUGCCACAUCUCCUUCUCCAUCUUCAGUCGACAGGAGACCUGGUGUCUCACCCUCUCCACCAGAACGGAAACAUCUGAAUGGAGCAAAGAGCAGCAGUCAUAGGAGAGUUUCAGGGCGGGUCUACGAUCCGAAUAAGCACUGUGGAGUCAUGGAUCCAGAGAGCAAGCGGCCUUGCACUCGAUCUCUUACGUGCAAGACGCACUCUUUGACUCAUCGUCGUACAGUCCCGGGUCGGAAGAAGGGCUUUGAUAUUCUUCUGGCUGAGCAUAAGGGCCGGGCUAAGGAGAAAGACGCAGGGCCAAAGAGGGAUGCAGCGAGUAGUCAGUCAGCUCAUCCGACCCAGCCACUCGGUGCUCCUUCCAGCACACCUUCAGGCUGUCACAACGGCAAGACCACUCCUACUCUCAAGCUGCGGCUGGCCAGCACACACUUACAGAGAGGCUCCGGUGGUGGGGGUGCAGUGGUGCUCUGUUCCACGUCUCUUCCUGCCAUUGAUCAAAUACCCAGCUGCCAGAGAUAUGGCGGAGAUGUCCAUGAAUCCAGCGAUGAGGCGGAAGCUGAGGUUGCUGAGGAACUGGAGAAAACUUCAUGUCAUUACUCCUCUUACCACCCACAACCCAUUAGUUGGUGUGCAUUCAGCAGCCGGUUGAUGGGCCAGGGCCACUACGUGUUUGACAGACACUGGGACAGGAUGAGGCUUGCGCUGCACUGCAUGGUGGAGAAGCAUGUCACUGCUCAGAUGUGGAGGAAAGUUCCUCUAGCGGCAGACAGCAUGCCUAGCAUGUCUGAUUCAUCAUCUCUGAGCAUGUCCCUUCUCCCUAGCCCGACUCCACCCCUUGACUCUGUUUCCACUGUGUCCUGCUCCACCCCUUUCUCCCAGAAUGGCACCAGAAUCUUCUGCCUUCAAGAAUCCAAACUGCAGCUGAAUAAAGCAGCCAAGUCAUUAAAAACCUCUGCAGAAGGGGUGUUGUUGAAAAAGCACAAGCCACUUCCAGUUGCUGAGAAAAGGAAUGGGAGUGGCUACCAUCUUUCAGGCCCUGUACACGUCAGCAACGGCACGGCGGCCCUGAGCAUGCGGUCCAAACCAAACCAGCCAGGGGGGAGUCAGGGACUGAGCGACAUGGACAGACACACCAGCAUCGAGCUAAACCUGCCCCAGGCGCCAAAGGGCAAUCAUGGGUCAGUUUUGUCCCCAAGCCUGCUGCCGUGCGGAUCCACCGAGGGACGCAAACGCAAAACCUCAGGCUCUGAGCGAGCUGGCAAAGUGACCAAGACAACGGCGCACAACGAAAUCUUCCGGAAGAGCAGCACCGCUUUACUGUCCUCGGCAGCCGAGGCGUCCCAUAGCGCCCUCUCCAGACUGUCCAAGGUGCAUGAGUGACACUGGCUGAGGUGGAUCAAGUAAAGCAGCUUUGCAGCAGUGACCUUUAACCCGCAACUCUUUUACACACGGUGUUGACCUUUAACCUGCCUUGGUCUGCGAGCAGCACCGUGACCCCACAUGGCCCCUGUGGAGCCCAUCGCACUGUGUGUGAGAGUGUGUGCCUGUGCACCCUGACUGUUUACUGACACCUGGCCCGCUGGCCUGUCUCCUGUGUUUAGGUACUGCAACUUGUAAUAGAACUGGUCAUCCAUAUAACCGCAGUAACGAACUGGCGUUUCAUUCUGCUCACCUGUCCCAGAAUGCAGACAUGUCUCCGAUGUUUGAGAAUCAGCGUGGCUUUUUGUACACCACACGUCCCCAGCAAGUUUUUUUUUUCUUUUCUUUCCACGGGUCUGGCGGUUUUCGAAAGCGGAACAGUAAAGACAAACCGGUUGGAUUUGAACGUGACGGUGUGAUGCAAGCGCGAGGCAGGCUCUGCAGACUUGCCCGGAUCUAAAGUGCACUUAGUGUCCUUCAUGCCUGGACUGCGCAACAGGCUGCAGAGGACAAGGAGAAAAAACCAGACAGACAAACAAAAUAAAGCAUUUCACCAAGGGAAUAUUUUCUAGAUGCUUUUUAGCAAGCUGUAUUUUUUUAAAGAGGGUGAAUUCAGGUUUUUGAGUAUUUUGGAGUUCUUCUGUCACACGUGUCACUGAAGAAUACGACGUUCAGGACUCGAAUCCUUUCGAAGUUGGAAAGCAAACUAGCAUAGUGUUAAAUUUUGUAUAAUAAUUUAUCCCACAUAUUAAUUUUCUUAACUUACAUGGCUUAUGGCAUUGCUCAAAGGUAUAUUUGUAUGUCAUUAUAAAAGUUUAAGUAUUAUUAUAAUAGAAACCUUACUGUUGGAAAUAUGAGUGCAUAUCUGUUUUGUUUGUUUUUAUAUAUAAAUAUUUAUUGUUAGUGUCUUUCAGAGUUUUGGACUCUAGAAGCUUCUGUCUUCCCUGAUCUUCACAUGGUUUAUAGAAAGGAAAAAAAUGCACUCUUUUUUUUCAAUUGGAAUGAGAACGAGGAAACAGGCUUCUCGACGACGGAGAUAGUCGCGAGCGAAAUGCUAGCCUUUAGGAGCAGUGAGAAGAAUCCCGGCUGCUUAAGCGAAGCGAGUUUUUUUUCUAACCUUUUUACGUGAUGUUUUGAGUGAACUGCUGCGUAGCUGUGAAGCCGGACCUAGUAGUUUCAGUUACACUCAGUGGGUUUUUUCCCCCUCUUUUGGUCCAUAGAGCUUUUCAAACUGUACGUGUAGAAUGCCAUCUCUGCAUUUUCCAAUUCAUAAAGGAAUUUAAUUUGAUUGUUUUUUCACCGUGACCGAUCUGUUUAAUGUGUAUAUUGUUGUUGUUAUUAUUAUUAUUAUGUUCUAAACCUGUACUGGGUGUAGCGUUGAGAUUAGGAUUUAAGAUUCGACGUCACUGUAAACUCGCCCUUACUGUCGCACACGAGUUUCAGCUUUGUUUUUCUCCACCGAGUCACAGAGAGAGUCUUUUUUUUAAUAAUGGUAUUGAUCUUGUGAAGACAGAACUCUGACAAUUUGUAAAGAUCCCCUUUUUUGCACUUUUGUCUUUGAACAGGAAUUUAAUAUGAUUCUAUUUAUAAAGGCAUAAUGAGGCAUAUAACGAGGAAAAGGCAAAGAUAUCUGUACAGUUUUGUCAUCAACAGCCAAAACUGUGUGAUCCCCGAUGCCAUAGCGCAGUACCCGUGUGCUGUGCGGGUGUAUAACUCGCCGUGUAUGUGUCGUUAUUACCGUAUUGCCUUGCUGCUAUGCAAAAUUGGCUGUAGGUCAACUGCCAGAGCUAAACCCCUACCCCCGAACAGCUCUUUACCUUCCAGGUGAUCGUGUACAGUGCUUCCGCAAAGUACUCAGGAGUUGGUUUGCUAAUGUCCAGGCGAACGAGAUUUCGCACAGCACACAAAAUCCUGUAGGUCUUCUUUCACAUUUGUGGAACUGGUGAGGUGAACAAAAAGCACCCUGGACGUUGCUUCGUGUUUUUUCUUCGUGCCCUGUCUCCGUCGGGCGUCGCAAUGACCAGUGCAGUCACCGCUACAAGCACAUGAGAGCAUUUUACAGUCAUUAAAUAGAAAUCAGAAGUGAUUAAUGAUCGAACGACUCACAUCAGCACACCAGGACCCCCCCCCCCCCCCCCCCCCCCAUUAAUCGUUCCAUUACUUAAUCCAGCUCUAAAAACACUAUGGAGGUUUCAGCAUUGUGAAGUUUACAUCUCUGGCAGUUAAGAGUCGUGAUGUAGGUUUAUUCAAGCUCCCUCUUAAAGGAUGCCUGGGCUUUAACCGUUACUAGCGCUUUUAAUAAAAUAUCAAGGACAUUCCAUGACCUGCUGUAAUUGACACACAUUUCCAGCAAGCAUGUUGUUCCCACCUUUCCUCCUUCUCCUCCACUUCUUUGUCUUCUUCUCCUUAGGCAUGACAUGCCACGCACUACCUCGUUUACACCGAACUCCAAAUUUGCAACAUCCCCUCUCAAACAUGUGCAACACGACAAAAUGUAAGUUCCAACUCUCAAACAUCUGGAAUCGCAGUGCAUGCAGUGGUCAUCGCUCACACCCGCAAAGACAGGGACCUCACAUUUUUCUUUCCCUAAGUGAUUUUGACAGAAUUCGUUGCCAGGAUUAAAACACGUGGAAGCAACGCAGUCAGAAAAUACAUUUGAACUCACCCUGCGUAUUUACAUCGAACACGGAGAUCUACAGCGCCAUCUAGUAAUACAUUCGGAUUGAUAGAUUUUCAUGGUUUAAAUGCCGAUUCUAUUAAAACAUGUCGAUUAAGAGUGGGUUUUACUGGCUAUCAAACAGGCGCAUCAUGCUUUCUUUCCACUCUUCCUGACCUGAAGCUGUAUUGUUCUGAAUGCUCAGUACUGUGCCUCGCAGUGUCUGCUGUCGCUUAUGAGUCAGAGGUCCUUCUAAGUUUCUUCAAACGGAUAUGUCAUUUUAUUCAUCAGAAUGUAAUAUCUUCACGACUUACUGAAUAAUAGUAAAUGACUUUUGCCCAGUUUCACAACACACACACACACACACACGCACACAAUUCUGGUGAAGUAGAAAGAAGGAAAUCUCUGAAUAAUGUAAACUGCAGCUAUGUUUAUUGUGUCUCUUUCUGAUCCUGAGAUUCCCCAAACGCAUCCACGCCGAAGCUGAUGAAGGCUGUAUGUUCGAGCGAGAGUCAGUCUGACCACUUUGUUUAAACGGAAGGUGAUCUCAACACUGUGAUGCUGUUGGGAAGCUGGGCCCUGACCUGUUGCUCUCUUCUACUGAUACAGUACAUACGCUCUUGCACAUGUGUGCAUAUGACUACUUUGCUUAUAUUUGUGAAUGUCAAUAGCAAGAAAAGAUCAACUUUUUUUUUUUAAAUAAAAGGAAACAACAAUUUGAUACUUAAAGACCUUCUUCUUGCCCUGUUGGCCUGUGCGUUCUCAACAAUGAGAGAGAUGUGUAUUUUCAGGUUUGACAAUGUUUUGCAUUUCAAGUGUAACAUAAAUAGUUUUUAUCUA